UUAAUCUUUUCAAGACUAGAUUGUGCUAUUCAGCUAGAGCCAGGGGAGCAUCAUUGAUUCUUGGCUUGCUUGCAAAUAACAAGCAUAAGCAUAUGAGUUCUAUGGAGGAAUCGUGGACUAAUUGGUUGUGUGAUAUGGAACCAAAUGAUUACAGUUUCAUCAACCAAUCAAGCAUAAAUGCAGAAAUUGUUGGUAGUUUAGAGAGUAACUUAGAGAGGCCUUCAAAAUUACUCAAAACUACUACUACUUGUAGUUCAAGCUAUAUGAAAACAGAACAUCUCUCACAAAAAACAGCUUCAUAUGUUUUUUCGUUUGAAAACGAGAAUCCACCACCAAGAAAAGUUGAACCAGCCUUGAAGCCAAAAACCAAAGUUGUGAACUCAAAGAAUGGUCCACGACGUGUAAAGAAUAAUGAGAGCAACAAGAAGAACGGUUCAUUUUCUAAAUCUACAACAACUCAUCACACACCAGAUCAUAUAAUUGCUGAGAGAAUAAGGAGGGAAAAGAUUAGCCAACUAUUCAUAGCUCUUUCAGCCCUUAUUCCAAACCUCAAAAAGAUGGACAAGGCCUCAGUGUUGGGUGAUGCCAUAAAGUAUGUGAAGGAGCUUAAGGAGCAAGUGAAAAUGUUGGAGGAGCAAAGUAAAAGUGUAGAACCAGUUGUGGUUGUGAAGAAACUGUCUGAACUGUCUUCAGAUGAAGAUGUUUCGGACACUUCGUCAAAUUCAUGUAAUGGAAACUCUGAUGAAACAUCAAAAACAAAUCUGUCACUGCCUGAAGUUGAAGCUAGCUUGUCGGGGAAGAAUGUGCUGAUCCGAAUCCUCUGUGAGAAAGAUAAGGCAGUGAUGGUGAAUGUAUAUAGAGAAAUAGAGAAACUUCAUCUCUUGGUUAUCAAUGCUAGUUCCUUUUCAUUUGGUUCCUCUGCUCUGGCCAUAACCAUCAUUGCCCAGAUGGAGAAUGAAUUGAACAUGAGCAUCCAGCAACUGGCAAAAAAACUGAGAGUUGGACUAGUGCAAUUGAAUUAGAUUGUUGUGUGUGUAAGAUGAGAUUAUGAAUUCAGUGAUAAGUUGCGACGUGGGAAGAGGAAAUCAUGUACACGCAGUGAACUUGGUUGGACCAGUUCAUACCUUGAGGAGGAGCCGAUCGAUGCACAUUAAUAGCCGCAUACUUUAUUACACAAUAUGGAUGUAGUAAGACCAUCCACGAUGGAAGAUCCUAACUCCAUUAAUAUCGAUAUCUAAUAGAUAUUUUCAUUGUGAAGAAAAGAAGAUGGAUACGUAAACAUAAGAGCGUCUCAAAUAAGUAUCAUUUCUAUGUGAGUUUCACUCUUUUUAUAGAUUAAAAUAUUAAAAUGUAAUUGUAUAAAGUUAGUGAUAGAUGAUUAAUGAAUGUUUAAGAAAUUCGUGUGAAGUGUUGAGUUGCAUAAAAAUCGAGUGUUUAUUAGAUACUACUAUUAAAAAUUAUUAACAAGAUAUUUGUACCCGGGAGACUUAUUUAAGUACACCCA